GAAAGUGCAUAGAAAUAUAUAUAUAUAUGUUUAAUACACAGAAAAUAUAAGUGAAUUCUUAUAAGAGAAGAUGACAAGAAUCAUUUUUUAAUGAACAAUUUUACAAUUUGUACUCGAACGAAGACGUGUUAACGAUUUGCUGCAAUAUGUCGACUGCUGCGACUACAAAAUGUUAUGUUAUUUUUCUGGUAUCCAAGGAAAAUAGUGACAUCUAGAUACUUUGACAUUGCUCUGACAUUACAUGCUAAUGUGCAUCUGCUAUAGUACUAUUCACAGAAAUAUGCCAGUGUAUUAUACCGGUUUAAAUGCGAGUCCACUCUUUUCCAAUCAAGAUGGAAUUAUUACAUCAUUAACACAUUUGACUCAGAUUCCAUUUGCUGGCGUCACAGAUAUUGAAAUUAGUUGGAAUUAUUUUCUUCUCUGGCAGGAUACGAAAUUAUAUAUCACUGGAAAAAUCAGUGAUAAUGAUAUGAAAAAUAAUCCUCGGUUAAUUCAAAUUCCAGAGAAAUCGUCAGGAAGUUGUAAAAUGGCUGUUCCUGGUCGAGAAAGUGUAGUUAUUUUAUCAACGCAUAAUGACAUUUGGAAAUAUAAGGUAUAUGAUGACUCCUGGCAAAAAAUAGCACCUUUUAUUUCCAGUAAUGAUACAUUGGCAGAAUAUCCCAUCAAAUUAUCACAAGCAGGAUGUACAGUAGUUUUAACUAAUUUAGGUCGUGUAUUUAAUGCUCCACUUUUGGUUAAAAUGCCGAAAAGAGUCAAAUUCGUUGAUCUUGCCUGCGGUUACGAUCAUACCAUUUUAUUAGCAGAGAAUGGUGAUAUUUACUCAAUGGGCAUGGGAAUACGUGGUCAAUUGGGGCAUAAUGAAUUAGAAAACUGUGAUGAGCCGAAACUUAUCGAGGCUUUAGCAGGUCUAAGGAUAGUACAAAUAUCAGCCGGUGGUUGGCAUACCGCUGCAGUCACCGAUCAAGGUGAUUUAUAUACUUGGGGAUGGAAUUCAAAUGGAGAACUAGGAAUUGAAAGCAAAGACAAAAAGGUUCACGCUAUUCCAACUUUAGUGGAUUUUAAAAAUGACAGAGGGGAACCUAUAGAAAUUAAUGUUAAAAAAGUUGAAUGCGGAACUUCUUUUACUAUAUGCUUAACAGAGGACGGUUCUUUUUGGGGCUGCGGCACUAACAAGUAUGGCCAAUUAGGGAAAGUUCAGCAGGACUUUGAAAAUACAUAUAAUUUUAUUAAAUUAAAUAUCCAACCAUUAGAGUUUAAAGCAGUGAAAAAGUUUAAAUGUCACGAAUGGGGCACAGCGAUAAUUACAGACAGAACAGAAUGACAUUGCAUUUUAUAUGUAUAUUAUUAUAAUAUAUUCAACGAUACGAGAUAAAAUCUCUCCAAAUUAUAUUUUUUCAAUCGUA